AUGCCUGAAGCUGUCAUGCCCCAGAAGCGGGUGCUGGGUGACGCCACCAAUAGUCCCCGCAAUGCUCUCAAGUCUCCCAGCGCGCUGAAGAAGCGCAAACUGGACAACGAGUCCGCGGCCCAGCUCCUACGAUCUUCUCAGAAUGGACCACGAAAGGGCUUUGGCUCGAGCCAGCCACAAAAAAGCCAGUUCGAGGCGGAGGUUUUGGAGAAAAUGACCCAGGACAUCAACGGCUUGAAGGAGAACAACUCCGAGAGAGAUCAACAGUGGGAGCGCCCGCCACUGCGCGACUUUGACGAAACAAAAGAGAACAUUUGCUUUCAGCAGAUUGAUGCGGAGGAAGGGUCGAUGAUGGGCGGAAAGAUGGCUGUCCGCCUUUUUGGUGUCACAGAGGAAGGUCAAUCGGUUUUGUUGCAUGUCACCGGCUUUCAACACUACCUGUACAUCGCUGCCCCUGUCAAUUUCACCAAAGCAGAUUGCGAACCCUAUAAGGCUUUCCUCGAGUCGAAACUUGCCCAACACGGGCAGGUUAUACAAUCCGUUGAUAUAACCAUGAGGGAAAACAUGUAUGGAUUUCAAGGAAACCAGAAGACUUAUUACAUCAAAAUCACCGUGACAGACCCAAGAUCGAUCAGCAGACUUCGCAGCGCCCUGGAAACUGGCAGCGGGACCAUGAACUACAAGGGCCUGUGGAAUUCAGCGGACAAUGGGAUUCUCACAUUCGACAGUAUCCAAUACCUACUGCGAUUUAUGAUUGAUACCGGUCUUGCCGGAAUGGCCUGGGUUGAGGCGAAGGCAGGGAAAUAUCGCCUUCUUCCUCACCGCGAAAGGCAGUCCAACUGCCAAAUCGAGGCCGCCGUCGACUACCACGAUAUGAUCGCUCACCCACCCAACGGAGAAUGGGCGAAGAUGGCGCCACUCCGCAUUUUGUCCUUUGAUAUCGAAUGCGCCGGCCGAAAGGGCAUCUUCCCGGAACCCAACCAAGAUCCAGUCAUCCAAAUCGCCAAUGUCGUUACCCGCUACGGAGAGUCGAAGCCGUUCAUUCGAAAUGUGUUUGUUCUUGACACGUGCAGUCUGAUCGUCAACACACAAAUUCUCGAGUUUGAAAAGGAGGAGAACAUGCUGAACGCGUGGCGCGAUUUCGUGGAAAAGGUGGAUCCCGAUGUAAUCAUCGGAUACAACAUAGCCAACUUCGAUUUUCCGUAUCUGCUCGACCGGGCAAAGCAUCUGAAGUGUACUGGGUUCCCGUACUGGACCAGACUGAGGGGGAUGAAGUCAGAAGCGAAGGAAACAAAUUUCUCCAGCAAACAGAUGGGCAGUCGUGAGACGAAGGCGACGAACACGAACGGCAGAAUUCAGCUUGAUCUCCUUCAAUUGGUGCAAAGAGACCACCAACUGCGAAGUUAUACCCUCAACUCUGUAUCCUAUGAAUUCUUGGGCGAGCAGAAGGAAGAUGUGCACCACACGAUGAUCACCGAACUCUUCAACGGCACUCCCGACUCGAGGCGACGACUGGCUGUAUACUGUUUGAAGGACGCGUAUUUACCGCAGAGACUGAUGGACAAGCUAAUGUGUCUGGUGAACUACACCGAGAUGGCAAGGGUCACUGGCGUGCCUUUCAACUACCUUUUGUCUCGUGGCCAACAGGUCAAAUUCAUCAGCCAGUUGUUUCGAAAAGCGCUGGAACAGCAACUUGUCAUCCCCAACGCUAAGUCAAACGACGAGCAGGACUACGAGGGCGCUACUGUCAUUGAACCAGUGCGAGGAUAUUACGGUGUGCCCAUUGCGACCCUCGAUUUCGCGUCGCUGUAUCCCUCGAUUAUUCAGGCCCACAACCUCUGUUACACUACUCUCUUGAACAAAGCUAAUGUGGAGAAGCUGGGUCUCAAGAAAGACGAUGACUACAUUGUGACGCCCAACGGAGAUAUGUUCUGCACCACCAAGGUUCGCAAGGGUCUAUUGUCGCAAAUUCUCGAGGAGCUUUUGUCGGCCAGGAAGAAAGCCAAGAAAGAGCUGGCCGUGGAGACGGACCCGUUCAAGAAGGCUGUGCUGAACGGUCGACAGCUUGCUCUGAAAAUCAGCGCGAACAGUGUCUACGGUCUUACGGGUGCUACAGUUGGCAAGCUGCCAUGUCUCCCAAUUGCCAGUAGCACUACCAGUUACGGACGUCAAAUGAUCGAAAAGACAAAACAAGAAGUCGAGACUCGCUACACCAUCGCCAAUGGCUAUUCUCAUGAUGCUCAAGUCAUCUACGGUGAUACUGACUCGGUCAUGGUCAAAUUUGGUGUCUCCGAACUCGAGGAUGCGAUGAAGCUUGGACAGGAGGCAGCUGACUUUGUCUCAUCCAAAUUUAUCAAACCCAUCAAGCUGGAGUUCGAGAAGGUGUACUUCCCCUAUCUUCUGAUCAACAAGAAGCGGUACGCCGGAUUGUACUGGACGAACCCCAAGAAGCAUGACAAGAUGGACACCAAGGGUAUUGAGACUGUGCGACGUGACAACUGCCUGCUCGUCCAAAACGUCAUUGAAACAGUGCUGAACAAGAUCUUGAUAGACCGAGACCUUGACGGCGCUCAGAACUAUGUCAAAGAUACCAUCUCGGACCUUCUGCAGAACAAGGUUGAUAUGUCGAAAUUGGUGAUCACCAAGGCACUCUCCAAGAGCGACUAUAGCGCCAAACAAGCGCACGUCGAACUCGCCGAGCGCAUGCGCAAACGUGACGCGGGAUCCGCACCCACUCUGGGUGACCGUGUGGCGUAUGUCAUGAUUAAGGGCGCUGCAAAUUCGAAGAACUACGAGCGUUCUGAGGAUCCCAUCUACGUUUUGGAAAACAACAUCCCCAUUGACACCAAAUACUACCUCGACAACCAACUCGCCAACCCACUAGGCCGUAUUUUCGAGCCUAUUUUGGGCGAGAAGAAGGCUGGCCAACUGCUUACUGGUGAACACACGCGGUCCAUCUCCGUCGCCGCGCCCAGUUUGGGCGGGUUGAUGAAGUUUGCUAAGCGCACUCAGACCUGCAUGGGAUGCAAGAAACCGCUCGCUGGCAAGGAGGAGAUGGCCGGCGCGGUGUGUGAACACUGUCGCCCUCGUCUGGGUGAAUUAUACACCAAGACACUGACCAAGGUGUCCGAUUUGGAGGUUCGGUUCGGUAGACUGUGGACUCAAUGCCAGCGCUGCCAGGGCAGUCUGCACUGUGAGGUUAUUUGCUCUUCGCGUGAUUGUCCGAUCUUCUACAUGCGCAUGAAGGCCAAGAAGGAUGUUGAGGAUUCACAGAAGGAAUUGUCUCGUUUUGAUUUCGACCCAGGUGCCUGGUGA